AUUUAGGUGCACUGUCACUUUAAGAGUGUUGGUGUUUAGGUGUACUGUCACUUUAAGACCCGCAAGGGGGUGUGUUGAGCACGUGGACCAGUGACAUGACCGUCGAUGCUGACAUGAAUGACAACUUACGUGAAACUGUCCUCACUGCUAUCUCGCUCUCUCUCAAAGGACACAUUUUAGCUCAUAAAUGACCUUUAAGCAGAGAAACACAGACACAAAGGCGAGUAUUGGUGCUGUUUUUGCCACUGAACUUUUAGUUAGUUUGUUUAGUCGUUAUUCGGUCGUUUUGAGUUUAAGCUAGCCGGUUAGCCGAGUCUCUAAACAUCGCGAGAUUUCAAGUCAGGCAGUGUCGCACCUGGAGGGCUGCCUCCUAGUUCAAGUGUCUGCCUGCGCAUGAUGUACACCAUCACUAAAGGUCCCAGUAAACUGCUCACCCAGCGGCGCUCAGGGCCCACACAGCUGCUCGACAACAAAAGCAACGACUUCAAGCACAAGCCAGCGUCCUGGAGUUUGCCCGAGCUUCCUGCACCCAAGAUUGUGUUUAACCGCCCCAACGGCAAGAAGUACCAUCAGCCUCCCCCGAGUCUACCCGCAGAACCCCAGCAGGACGGGGGACUAACGGCCGCCCACGAGGACAACGUGCAGUUUGUCCAUGAAGCCUGGCAGGAAGUGGUCCAACAGGAGCAGGGGUCCAACCGGGGAACCAAGGAGACAUGUGGAGUGGUCCACUACGAAGACCACACUCCAAACUUUAACCUGGACAACAGAAAAGAGGAACUUUUUUCUCCUCCAUUUGAAAACGAGGACGUCUGAUUCCAAUCAAUCCAAGUCAUCAGAAUCAGACUUCCUGCCCAUAGAUCUGGAUGAGUGGUGGGCACAACGCUUCCUCGCCAACAUAGACAAAUCAUCCUGACAUUUGAGGUGUGGAUCUUGGCAAGGCAGGUCAGCAGCCCCAAAGCAGGAAGUGUCGCUGGCCAGGCACCCUGCUGUGGUUCAAACAGACUGAUGGCACUGAGACGUUCAGUGGUGGCACAGAAGGCAUAGACUUUUAAACUGCAGCCAUAACAAGCCUUCAGACUGGAAGACUGGACCUUGUUGCUCAACACACUUUGUUACUUUUCAGAUGCAGUAAAAGAUUCUACAGAA